AUGCAUGAGGAAAAUAAAGCAGCACAAAAUGGAUGUGGCAAAAUCCGAAGUGGCACUCAGAAUGAGGCUGCUUUACUAGCCCUGAUGGAGAAGACUGGAUACAGCAUGGUUCAAGAAAAUGGGCAAAGAAAAUUUGGUGGUCCUCCACCAGGUUGGGAAGGUCCUCCACCACCUCGUGGAUGUGAAGUUUUUGUGGGUAAGAUUCCUCGUGAUAUGUAUGAAGAUGAAUUAGUUCCUGUUUUCGAGAGAGCUGGGAAGAUCUACGAGUUCAGGCUGAUGAUGGAAUUCAGUGGUGAGAAUCGAGGCUAUGCUUUUGUGAUGUACACUACUAAAGAGGAAGCCCAGCUAGCCAUCAAGAUUCUAAAUAAUUACGAAAUUCGUCCAGGGAAAUUUAUUGGUGUCUGUGUAAGCUUGGACAACUGCAGACUAUUUAUUGGAGCAAUUCCAAAAGAAAAGAAGAAAGAAGAAAUACUGAAUGAAAUGAAAAAAGUUACAGAAGGAGUGGUGGAUGUCAUUGUUUAUCCAAAUGCCACUGACAAAACUAAAAAUCGUGGCUUUGCUUUUGUAGAAUAUGAAUCUCACAGAGCAGCUGCGAUGGCUAGAAGGCGGCUAAUCCCAGGAACGUUCCAACUCUGGGGUCAUACUAUUCAAGUAGACUGGGCAGACCCAGAGAAAGAAGUUGAUGAAGAAACAAUGCAGAGAGUGAAAGUAUUAUAUGUAAGAAAUUUAAUGAUAUCUACUACAGAGGACACAAUUAAAGCUGAAUUCAACAAGUUCAAGCCAGGUGUAGUUGAACGCGUAAAGAAGCUGAGAGACUAUGCAUUUGUUCAUUUUUUCCACCGAGACGAUGCAAUUGCUGCUAUGUCUGUAAUGAAUGGAAAGUGCAUUGAUGGAGCUAGUAUUGAGGUAACACUGGCAAAGCCAGUUAACAAAGAAGGUACUUGGAAGCAACAUUUCAAUGGUCAGAUAAGUCCCAGUUCUGAAAAUCUUUUAGGGUUUCCUAACAAAGAAGAUGGUCAUCAAAAAUCCUUAGGGAGGACAGCAAGUCUUUCAGUUCGUCUUAAUGGUCAGCAGAGCCCAGGCCCUCCUGAAGUUGAAAGAUGUACAUAUCCUUUUUUUCCAGGAAUAAAGCUUACUCCAAUUAGCAUGUAUUCUUUAAAAUCCAGUCACUUCAGUUCUGCAGCAAUGCAUCUGGAUUAUUUUUGCAAUAAAAAUAACUGGGCACCACCAGAAUACUACUUGUAUUCGACCACAAGUCAGGAUGGGAAAAUACUGUUGGUGUACAAGGUGCUUAUUCCUAGCAUUGCGGAUGGCUCCCAGAGUUAUUUCAUGCCAGACAAACUCUGUACAACAGUAGAAGGUGCAAAGGAGUUGGCAGCACAGUUCACACUUCUACAUCUAGCCCCUGAGCAAGCAUAUAUAACUUUGCUGUCCCUGAAUGCAGCCUAGUGCGAUAGUAGAGCCCACUGUACACCCUACUUGGUCGCUAAGUUGCAUUUCCUGUUGUUAGCACCUCUUUGCUGGAACACGUGUGUGCUUCCAUGUUCACAGAAGCCUUACUCUUACCCAGGCUAUCCCUCGUAACCAGCACUUCUACUUGCUCGUGGUAUCUAUGUUGAACAGCAGCUACUUUCUAAUCAGGCCAUGUUCUUCUUAAAAAAACAUAGUAGCAUUGAAUUGAAAAUAGUUUUCAAGUUUUACAAUCGGUCCAUCCUCCUCAGGCCCAAAGCACCUCCAGCUGUGGAAGAGGACAGCCGCCGCUGUAGCAUGGAGGAGUUGACUGGCGAGAUGCAAGCAGCAAGGAAUGGGGGGAACAUUGCUUUCCACGGCAGGGUCCAUCCUCUGCAAGAGGUAGGCACUAAUCUUAUCUAUGCGGUGAUGCAGUACGGGACUGAUGAAAACGUGGUUCAUGCAAAAUGGGAUUCAGCAUGUGGGGAAAAGGAUUACAUUGUAAACCGGAAGGAGAGAGGGAGCUCAGUGCAGAGCUACUGCGAUGGUCGAGAGCUGGAGUACACGGUGCACGAGGAGCAGCAGAAGGAGCUGAGCAUUCUCAGGCUGCAAAAGUGCAGGCUUUUUGGUGAUCAGCCUCUAAGAGGAAGGAGAAACCUCUACUGUGGCGACUCCUCUGAUGAGAAUGUCGAAUCUCUGUCCUUGCAGAUGCUCAAAACUCCCCUGGACAAGAUCAGUUCUGUCCAGUGCCUGAUAUGA